CAUCUUUCCAUGCAAUCUCUAUAACUCGCCAGUCGAACAGAGGAUGGAAAAAUAAUAUGCAUAGAGUUGCAUUUCAAAUUAUUUUGAAACAUAUGGGACGAAAGAGAAAUGCCGAGAAGAACAAAUGUUUUUUUGAGUGGAAUGUGAUGAGUGAUGAGUGGAAUUGUUUCGGAUGUUGGGGACACGUAUACGUCAUCGUUGACGUCGUACCGCUCUCAACGUACAGAAUCAUUCCCCAGAUGCAGCAUCAUUGUGGUUUGCACACACAGAACAACGUUGUGAGCGAAUACCAUUCGUUGUUCGCUGCCUCCCGCCGCCUAUCGAUCGUUCAUGAUCGCUUUUCUUGUAUGAUGUAUGAUCCAUCUUAACAACCACACAUUCGUCGUCAGCCGUUUCGUGCCAUGAUGAGGCGAUAAGAGUAAUCUACUCCCAUCGAUGGUAUAGGAAGCGUUAAACGGGGAAUGGUUUUCUAUGUCUAUGGUUGUCUGUUGUAGUUGUCGUUCCAAUGGAGCGGUAAUUAAUUAUUCAGCGAGCUUGAUAGCAGAGAGGGCACUUGUCACCCCUAUUUGUACCGAAAGUCUCGUUCGCGUAGCAUUUAGUAGCAGCUGGUCCGAGACCGAGUGUGGAUGGUUAAUUUGGUGCACUGAAGGCAGCAGCUGAUUCGGAAGCAUCAUGAAGCUCGCACAAGUGUUUAUUAGUUUGGUGGUGGUGCUGUUGGCCGAUUGGGGUCAUGCUAAGCAGGCGAUCGAAAGCCAGGAACGAUCGAUGUCCUAUUUUGCACCGAUCAAUGAUGAACCCGUCAUUGGCAUACUGUCGCAGGAGCUGUCCUAUUCAAUGACGCAAAACUACGGCGAUGAAGGUUACGACAGCUACAUCGCAGCCUCGUACGUAAAGUUCGUCGAGGGAGCGGGUGCUCGCGUCGUACCGAUUUGGAUCAACCAACCGUUGGACUACUACGAAAACAUUAUGUCCAACCUGAACGGAGUGCUGCUUCCGGGUGGUGCUACUUGGUUCAACCAGAGCAACGGUUAUUCCGAGGCUGGUCGGCACAUUUACGAUAUAGCGGUGCAGUACAACGAAAACGGCGAAUAUUUCCCGCUGUGGGGCACUUGUUUGGGCUUUGAACUGCUCACCUAUCUGGCAGCGAACGGUACCGAACAUCGGGCACACUGUAGCUCCAACAGCCAAGCGCUGCCGUUAAACUUUAAGAACGAUUUUCGCAAAAGUCGUCUGUUUGCCGACGCACCAAACGAUGUGAUCGACAUCUUGAGCAACGAACCGGUAACGGCCAACUUCCAUCAGUUCUGUGUAACCGAAGCGAACCUGACUGCUUACGGUUUGGACCACGAUUGGCGCGUAAUGUCGGUCGAUCAGGACUGGAACGGCAUGGAGUUUAUCUCGACGAUCGAGCAUAAAACCUACCCAUUCUACGGUAUUCAAUUCCACCCGGAGAAGAACAUCUACGAGUGGGUGCAGAACAAGAACAUCUCCCAUACCGCGAACGCCAUCCGCGCGGCACAGUUCUUUGCGGACUUUUUCAUCGAAGAGUCACGCAAAAACGAUCACCAGUUCACGACGGAAGCUAUGCUGGAGAAGCACGUCAUCUACAACUAUCAGCCGACCUUUACCGGGCUGAAGCGGUCCAGCUUCGAACAGUGCUACAUGUUCCGUGAAACUUCCAAAGCUUUGCCUAAGGUAUUGAAGUCGAGAAAAGUCGGACUGAAGAAGAAAACUUCACGGCGUGAUCCAGAUGAUGCUAGACUUUGAAGCAGUAUCAGUGGUGGAGACCGGAAUAGCAGUAGACAACAUUGUUGCACACGAAAUGCGUCACGUUGUAUUAUCAGGGAAAAAUCAUCGACAAGUUCCAGUAUUGCUCGCUGACAGUAGCUACUGUUGGCAAUCUUUAUUGAUACCGUCAAUCUACAGCUGAAUGAUGAUAGGAAGAUGAUGCAGAGGACGAUUUGUUAUCUUAAUUAAUCGUGUUAUUGGGAGAUCGCACGGUGGGGAGAUAAUACGGUGAAACGAACAAAUAGAGCCAUUCACGUGCAACAGAUCUGA